AUGGGGUCUCCCUCGACGGCGCCCCCCACCCCGGGCCAGAAGAGGUCCCCCGGGGGGUCUGGGACGGCCAGGGCCACCCCCAGAUCGGCCGCCCUGAAGGAGCUGAGAGCCGAGCAGCAGCUCGUGGUGGCCCUCCGCAUCCGUCCCAUCAACGAAACGGAGCUGGAGGAAGGAGCUGGAAUUAUCGCCCACCGGGUGGGUGACCAGAUGGUGGUUCUGAUGGAUCCGGCCGAAGAUCCAGACGACAUCUUGCGCGCCCACCGGUCCCGAGAGAAGACUUUUAUCUUCGACAUGGUUUUUGACCCCGCAGCGAGCCAGAAGGAGGUAUAUGUCCGCACAACCAAAAAUCUCAUCGAAGGGGUCAUUUCGGGAUACAACGCGACAGUUUUUGCAUACGGACCUACAGGGGCCGGGAAAACGUACACCAUGUUGGGAUUGGAUGCUGAACCCGGCAUCUACGUCCGAACGCUCCACGAUCUCUUUAGCGCUAUCGAGGCCACCAGCGGAGACGUGGCCUACUCGGUCAGCAUGUCGUACUUGGAGAUUUAUAAUGAAGUCAUUCGUGAUCUCCUGAAUCCGUCUUCGGGAUUCCUGGAACUGCGAGAAGACUCGAAGGGGAGCAUUCAGAUUGCCGGGAUCACGGAGGUCUCGACCACAAAUGCACAGGAGAUCAUGGAGCUGCUGACCAAAGGGAACAAGGAGCGGACUCAGGAGCCCACGGCCGCCAACAGGACUUCUUCCCGGUCCCACGCCGUCCUGCAGGUGACGGUGAAGCAGACGAGCCGGGCGAAGGACGCCAGCGCGGAAGUGAGGGUCGGAAGGCUCUUCAUGGUCGACCUGGCUGGGUCGGAAAGAGCGGCUCAGACACAGAACCGAGGCAAGAGGAUGAAAGAGGGUGCCCACAUCAACCGUUCGCUACUCGCUCUGGGGAACUGCAUCAACGCCCUCAGCGAGAAAGGGGGCAGUCGGGCCCAAUACGUCAAUUUCCGAGACAGCAAACUCACCCGGCUCUUGAAGGACUCCUUGGGAGGAAACAGCAGGACCGUGAUGAUUGCCCACAUUAGCCCAGCCGGCGCACACUUCGAGGAAUCUCAGAUGACCCUGAUCUACGCAUAUCGAGCGAAAAACAUCAAAACGAGGGUCAAGCGGAACUUGCUCAACGUCUCGUACCACAUCGCUCAGUACACCAGCAUCAUUUCGGAUCUGCGCCAGGAGAUCGAGCGCUUGAAGGCGAAGGUUGAAAACCAAGAGGAGGAGAGAAAUUUGCUCGGUUCUGGGGCCAAAGAUGUACAAAUCAGAGAGGAGACCCACCAGGACUCUGAGGAGAGCAGCCGUCGGGAGAUGCACAAACUGCGGAUGCAGCUGAUCGGGGCAUUCAAGGAUCAAAUGGACAUGCGCCGCAGUCUCAUGGAGCUGGAGAACACCAACAUGGAGUUGCACAUUGACACCUCCAGGCACCUGCUAACAAUUACUGACUGGGAACGAGAAAAAGCUCACCAGGCUUGCAGGUAUAGCAAGCACAACGUCAGCGAAAGAGAUGAUGAAGCCACAGAGGAGAAAGAAGAAGAGGAGGAGGAGGAGGGGGAGUCCAGAGAAGAUUCGCCAGAACCUCACGAGGUAGCCGUAGCCCGAGAAGAGAUCAACCUGUUGUUGGCCGAGCAGCGGAAAACAGCAGCCUUGAAGGCCGACCUGGAGCAACGGCUGGCUGAUGCCAAGAAGAAGGCCUCCCAGAUGGAGAAGCUCUUGCCCCAGCGGAUCACCAGCGAGGACCAGAGGGAGGUGCUGCGGCUCCUCUGCAGGGCCCACGAGCUGGAGGUGGGGAGCACGGAGCUGCAGGCCAGCGCCGCAUACAAGGACAGCCUCCUGUGCCAGAAGGACUUCCUCCUCCAGCAACACCAGCAACACCGGCGUCUUUGCGAGGAGAUAAUCCAACAGCAGCGCUCGCUGCUAACGGACCACGGCAUCCCUGUUCCACCCCCACUGGGGAAGCUGUACCGGUUGUAUUCCCGCGAAUCAGAGGAAGGGACCCUGAACCGCCUGCUCGCCUUUCACUCCCUGAUGUCCAGCAUAAUCCAGGACCGCUGUGUCUUAGAUAGAGCCCUGCAGGUAGAACGAAAUAAAGAAGAGAACCGAAAGGGAUCGCUCGACCACAAGAAAGAAUCCUCCGGGGUCCCAAAGUUCGAACUCCCCAAUAUUGUUGUGGAAUCCGACAGGGACAGUGGCCGAUCGUCUGAAAAUACCCCGGCUCGGAAAAAGGGGAGCUGGGAGUGGAAUCGUAGCCCUACUUUGCUUCACUUCCUGAGAUCGCCCCUUCACCAACCAAAGGUGCCAGGUGUUUCUUCCUCCAAGCUCCGAUCCCCGAUCUCCCGCAACUCGGGCCGGAAAAAGUCCAACGGGGACGCUCUUGGCAGCCCCCUGAGCCGGGAAGCUCUGAAGGAGAUUGCCGACGGCACGAAACGGAUCGCUCUCGUGGCCGCCAGCCGCCGUUCCCAGGCCCGCGACAGACACCCCAGCAGCGAGGUCUCCUCCCUCCAAUACCUGGAGGAUGAAUUAUUGGAGCUGAACUACCUACAGCCCACCUUCGCUCCUGAACAUUAUUCCAAAGACACCGAGAGCGUCGACAGCGUCCCGAACCCCAAGCCUCGGAAGGGGCCGGAGAAAGAAAGAGGAUGGAAGAAGUUCUGGGGGAAGAGAACGGGGAAGAAAAGAUCACGCUCCCUUGAGCCCACCUCCCCAACUGGCUCUCGAGUCAAGCAUCGAAGUCCGUCCAGCCACACGGACCACGCCUCCGAAAGCCGGCCAGCCGAAACCAAGCUUUCCCAGUCUCUCGAUGUCGUCUCGGGCAACAUGACCCACCUUCUGUCUGCUGCUGCGAAAAUCAAAUUACCCACCGGCCAACAAACAGAAGAAAACCCGCUGCAGGUUCUGGCUGUCGGCGGCACGGCCCCCAGCACGGUGCAGCAGAGUAACUCGGGGGAAGCCCGAGGCCAGGUUCUACAAAAGAGAGUCAAAGGCCGGCCUUUCUCGCGAGAAGGGGCGGCGCAGGAGCGGCCGGAGGAGGAGCCGCUGGCGGGCUCCUUGUCGGGGAAGCGCCUCCGCCGCCCGUCGAGCAGCCCCGGGCAGGAGGUGAGGAGGGGGAGCCGGGCUGGGGCGGGGAGGGGGGGAGAGCCCCCCACCCCCGAGGGCGAGGGGGACCAGCCGCCCCGAGCGCGCCCCUCCGUGCGCAAUGGGGACCGGCGAGCAUCCCGGGGCUGCGCUCCAGCCUCCCACCUGGAUGCCUCGGGGGGGGGGGGGGACCGGGGCGCGCGCUCCCGACCUCCCCACCCGCGCGGCUCCCGAUCGCCCCUCCGCGGGAUGCCCGGACGCCCCACCGGACAUUCCCCCGAGGGCUCCCCGCUCGGCCCGCACGCCGCCGCCGCGGGGCGCCCGGGGAAUGUCCGGUGCGCGCGGACGGAGCGGGCGAGGAGCGAUGGCCGCGGCCAGAAGUUGCUUCGGACAGGGAUGGCCAGAUCCCUGGACCGAGCUUUUUGA